AUGCGGCCCGGCGCCGCCUUCGCCGCCCAUUGGGUGGCGGGCGCGGCACGUGACGGGACCGCGCCGUCCUUGAUUGGCUGGGCGGGGGGCGGGGCCGAGCGCGAGGGGGCGCUGCGGGUGGCGCCGUCGCGGGCGGCGCCGGAGGGAGCGGGGCUGAGCGUCGGAGGAGGAACUUAUUUGCUGUGUGGGUACUCUGUGCUAGAACAGAUUUCUCAGAGACGUCCUGGAGCCUCCCUCGUGGAUGUGUUCCAGAACCAUCUGGACUCAGUCCUGUGCCAUGUGCUCUGCGAUGGCCCUGCUGGAGCAGAAGACAGGGGACAACGCUGGUGGCACAGAACUCAUUGCGGUUUUUGUAUAUUAACUUCUUAUGAGCAUUUUAUAGAAAGAGUGAUUUGGAAUGUAAAUAGGAACCUCCAUUUUAAGGACUCUAACAGGAGAGGAAUGGCUUCAGUGUUUCUUCUCCACCAAGGAAAACUAAAUUUUAGCCCCAUUCCCCUCAUUGUCAACAUCCACCAUAACAUGGAUGACUUAGCUGACUCUUGGACUCCUCUUUCUAGCCUAACUCAAAAGCAUACACUUAAGUAUGUGAGAUGCAGAGUUUUUAGAUUCAGAUAA